UACAUUACAAGCCAAGUGAGAUAUAAAGAGAUAACUAGUUGGUUUCCCUUAGUCAUACAUUAAGGGCGAGAAAAGUGCAAAAAAAUGAACGGUAGUGCAAGUGUUUGAGUGAUUUUAAUGCAACAAUCAGAUGGAUAAUAACACAAUUUUCAUUGAAACGGAAAAGGCACAAGGAUCAAACGGUUCUUCCCGACGUCCGAGCAACGAAAGCACGUGCAGUUUAAACGUACCAUUUGAACGUCAACCCACACCUCAAGUCUUCAACGCCUUGGGUACCACCUUAGUUAAAACCAAAUCUAAAUCCCUAAUCAACAUAUCCAAGUACCACAACAAAACUCUGGAUCAGGAGAAUUGCUUGAACGGAAUUGAGGAAAGUCCAGACAAUCACUUGAGACGUGGUUCCCUACAGAGUGACAAGAAAAGUAACCUGUCAACAGUCAGAGACGCCUUUGGGCCCCAACUGGCCACCGACUCCUUCGUCACUCUUCCUGGCACCCCCAUCCCAUCCCUGGUCCAAGAUGAAGAAGAAGAAGAAGAAGACUGGCCCGAAAUCCCCCCACCAACACCCGCAGAAAAGGAAGAUGUUCUAGACCCCGAAAGUUUAUAUUUCCGAGAUGGGCGCCGAAAAAUCGACAUGGUACUAGUUUACGAAGAAGAAGAACUGGGUGUUAUGACCGAAGCUGAGGCACGAAGACGUGACCAUAGAAGAGUGUUCCAGGAAAACUUGGUCAAAGAAGGACUAGAACUAGAACUGGAACACAAGGAUAUAUCAUUCGAUGGUAAAACGUGGUUCUUGAAAAUACAUCUACCAUGGAAGACCAAGACGCGAUACGCGGCCGUCAUGGGCAUGAAACUGCCCAUCAAGCGCUUUAUCACCAUUUCAGUGAAGGCAUGGGACGAUGAGAAAAACCAAAACAAGAAGGAAACUUUCUGGGCUAAGUUGCAAAGAAAGUUCAGCGAGUUCACACAAUACAAUACUGAUUUAAUUCCCGAGGAACCAUCGUUUUACGAAGCCACUAAAGGAGCAGACAGGGAGGAACAAUUUGUGGUCAAGGACCGAGUCACCAGCUACUCAAGUGCCCAAAGAAGCCUAAUAGUUAUGCAAAUUUUGCUCAGAGUUAAAUUUGACGAAACGGAUAAAGUUGGAAUAAGACGACUUUUGAACGACAACACUUACCUGGCCUGUUUUCCCUUGCAUGAAGGUCGCUGGGAGCGCAAUCAGAGUGAUGGUAAGAUUCUAGACAGGCGAAAAUUGUACUUAGAAUGGGCAAGGCCGGGCAAAUGGAUGAAAAAACAACCAUUGUGUCUGGUACGGAAGUACUUUGGGGAUAAAAUCGCUUUGUAUUUCUGCUGGUUGGGUUUUUACACGAAAAUGUUAAUCGCGCCAGCGAUUGUUGGUACUUUGUGCUUCUUGUAUGGCCUUUUUACCAUCGAUAGUCCCGACAAUAUACCGACGAAAGAGAUUUGUGACCCGUUAGGUCCCGGUAACAUUACUUUGUGUCCCUUGUGUGAUAAAGCAUGCAAGUACCAGAAAUUAAUAGAUAGUUGCAAGUUUGCACGUUUGACUUAUCUUUUUGAUAAUCCAGCGACUGUCUUUUUUGCUAUUUUUAUGAGUCUUUGGGCUACGGUUUUUCUGGAACUUUGGCGAAGGAAACAGAGUGUUAUUCAAUGGGAGUGGGACCUGAAUGGUACCGAUCAAGACGAAGAACCACGACCAGAAUUCGAAACAAGCGUCAAGACCUUCCGUACGAACCCAGUAACGCGCGAGAAGGAACCUUACCUACCUGCUAGUUUCAAAGUUGUGCGUUUUUUCGUUACUGGUUCCGCCGUUUUCUUCAUGUUAGCGGUGGUACUAUGUGCAGUCUUGGGUACCAUAAUCUAUCGACUAUCACUUGUUUCGGUGAUUUAUGGUGGUGGAGGUACUUUUUUGAAACGUCACGCAAAAAUCGUGACGUCAGUCUCAGCCGCCUUGAUCAAUCUGAUCAUAAUUAUGUGCCUAACGCGAUUCUAUCAUAGACUUACCAUUUAUUUGACUAACAUGGAAAAUCCAAGGACGCAGACUGAAUAUGAAGAUUCUUACACGUUCAAGAUAUUUCUUUUCGAGUUUAUGAAUUUUUACUCGUCUUUGAUUUACAUUGCAUUUUUCAAGGGACGUUUCUAUGCGUUUCCGGGUGAUGCAGCAAUUCGUGAAUCGAUUUUUUCAAGGGUUAAAGGUGAUAUUUGUGACCCAGCUGGUUGUUUAAGCGAAUUGUGCAUUCAAUUGGCCAUAAUAAUGGUCGGUAAACAAGUCUUCAAUAAUUUCGUCGAACUUUUCAAUCCCAAAUUUUACAAUUGGUGGAGGUAUAGAACUCAUAGAUCUAAUACCAAAGACUUGACUAGGAAACAUACAAGAUGGGAGGAAGAUUAUCAUAUGCAGGAUCCAGGCCGCUUGGCCCUCUUUGAUGAAUAUCUCGAAAUGAUUUUACAGUAUGGUUUUGUGACGUUAUUUGUAGCUGCGUUUCCUUUAGCUCCACUCUGUGCCUUAUUGAAUAAUGUAGCCGAGAUUAGAUUAGAUGCGUACAAGAUGGUGACGCAAGCCAGGCGACCUCUAGCGGAGAGAUCGGAAGAUAUAGGGGCGUGGUAUGGCAUCUUAAGAGCCAUCACCUACACUGCCGUCGUUUCAAAUGCCUUUGUCAUCGCAUACACCAGCGACUUUAUCCCACGCAUGGUCUACCAGUACAAGUACUCGCCGACUGAGGAUCUAGUAGGCUACAUUGACUCCUCACUGUCAACAUUUAACACUUCGGACUACCACGCUGACAUGGGUGGUGACAAUAACGAGGAACCACCACCUAGCAUAUGUCAGUACCGUGGGUACCGUAACGGCCCCGAAGACAUCGACAAAUAUGGUCUAAGUCCGCAAUAUUGGCACGUUUUUGCUGCCCGUCUCGCCUUCGUCGUAAUAUUCGAACACAUCGUGUUUGCCUUGACCGGAAUCAUGCAAUACGUCAUUCCGGACGUCCCUUCAGAACUCAAGACACAAAUUCAAAGAGAAACUUUAUUGGCCAAAGAAGCGAAAUACGAACACGGUUUGAAGAAAAGUGAUAACGAUAUGUACGAAGAUUUGAUGAAUACAAUCAAAGAGAACAAUAAUCCACGGGUUGAGGGUGGUAGGAGAGCUUUGAAAGGCUCAUGGGCGAGAAGAUUGAGUCGCUUAUCGGACGGCUUGGACGCACAUGUUGAAGUGACAAGUAGGAAAAAAAAUUCAGUCAGUUCCACUGUUUGGGAAGUUACGUAAUAGCGACUUUUGUUUGCAUUUAAAUCAAUAAAAAAUGUCAUAGUU